CUUACUUUUUAUUAUUUUUAAAAACAAUUUUUAAAUUUUCUUUCCAAUAAAAAUUUAAACUUAUAACUCAUAAAUAGUACUAAAAAAGUAAAAACUCAAAAAAACUCCACCAAACAAGCCUUUAGUUUGAAUUUUGUUUUGAUCCAGUCGUCUAUUCUUCCAACUGAUUAUUUUCUACAAAGAAUUUUGUAUCUUGAUCAGGUGUGGGGCAGGUUUUGCAAUUGAGAUUGUAUCUGAACAAUUUGAAGGGAAAAGGCUGCUGGAGAGGCAUCGCAUGGUGAAUGGUGCUCCUGAAGAAGGGAUGAAGCAAAUCCAUGCUCUCUCCAUAAAGAAAGCUCUUACCUCUGAGCAGUGGGAACAACAGCAAGAGUCAGAAAAAUCUAAAUCAGAUGCUUAAACAGUCAAAACACUUGAACUUGUGUUAAUGUUUAGAUUUUGAACUUUGAGUAUGGGAAGAAUUACCCUUCUUGGAACUAUAUUAUAGUGCAUGCCAUGUGGAUUGUAUAAGAUGGCUUUAAUAUUGCCAACAAUAUGUUGCUAUAGUCCGCAGCCCAACAAUUUUAAAAUUAUAUACUAGCCAUGAGAACUGAACUCAAAUUAAUUGAAAUCGAAAUA